GAUUCCGUGUGACUCCGUGUGAUUCGCUGCAGUAUGGUGCGGUCGGUUGUGUUGUGAGGAGCCCGUCAUGCGGGAUAGUAAGAUGGCAGAAUUAAAAUUCGAAGCACCCCUCGCACAAUUCGAGGAGACCGAUGAAUGGGGAACAAACGAGUUUCAAACAGCAACAACCGGUGUUACACUCAAAUCCGAAUCGGAAUUGAACAACAUCAACUUGAAGAAAAAUAAAAAGGAUAAGGAUUUAAAUGACGUCCUGAACGAUUUUAAUGAGGAUAUUUUGUUGAACGAUAACUUGAAUUCCGCAAUAGUUAAUCAAAAAACCUUGAUCAAGAAUGGAGACACGGCUUCAGUUGCAGAUAAUUUUACCGAAACAUUUUCCGGAUCGUUAGAGGAUUUGGUUAAUACUUUUGACGAGAAAAUUACCAAGUGUUUUGGAAAUUAUGAGGAAUCUGUGGAAAAGUUAGCCCCUGUUCAAGUCAGAUCUCAGGAAGAAAUAAUGAACGAAUGCCAAACGGAGACACUACCGACGACGAUUUAGAACUAAGUUCUGAAGAUGAAGCUGUUGCCAAUGAUUUAGACAUGCAUGCCCUUAUUCUGGGUGGUUUGCAUCAAGAACAAGAACCUUUAAAAACAGCUGAAGAAGUGAUACAAGAAAUUGACGAUAUGAUGCAAGAAGAUGAUGUUUCGUUCGAUCGAUCUCCAGAUUCCAGGGAUUAUUACUACGAGGCUAACGUAGCUCUUGAAAAAGCUAAAGAAGUUCUUAGUUCACCUCUUUAUGAAGACAAAUUGCGAGAUCUCAGCUUAACUCAACUAAAUGAAUUGUACAUGGAAUUAGAAGUAUUAAUUCGAGAAUUUUCCGAAACAUUAAUUGCCGAACUGGCACUCAGGGACGAACUAGAAUACGAAAAAGAAUUGAAAAACACAUUUAUAUCCCUCCUGCUGGCCGUUCAAAAUAAAAGAAGACAGUACCAUGUCGAAAAGAAAAGGAGUUCCAAAGGGAGCUCUGGCCGUCCAUCCAAUGGAUUGGAUGCUAAGUAUCUAACAACAGUUAUCCCUUACCACUUAGACAGUGGCCCCCCGAAUAAUCAGACUCUUCAAGUUCUCAUCAAAAUUUUAAAAGCCAUUAACGAAGAUAGUCCAACAGUACCGACGUUACUGACAGAUUACAUAUUAAAAGUUAUAUGCCCUUCAUAAGGCCAACAUUUAGAACACGCAAGGACAAUUACUAAAGCCUUAUUGUUUAUUAAUAAAAUAUUGCUUACGUUAGUUGAAUCCUGAUGGCUACGGGGAUUAUUAUUUAUAAUUUUAAUGCUCUCGUGAUUUCUGUUGUUCCUGUUGCGCGAAUUUUAUGAACAAUAAGUAUAUAUAUGUAAACUAAAAAUAUUUCUUACCGUAAUUGACAAAACAAUUGCUAUUCUAGUCUAUUAUUAUAAUUUUAGUGAUAAUCAGUGGAAUGAGUGUAAAUUACGAUGUUUCUUUUUUCAAAUAUGUUAGACGAGUCGUGUGUGUAUAUAUACUGCAUUUAAGUUUUUAAUGAAGUGAUAUUAACUUAUUUUAUUAACGAUGUAAAAUGUUAAAUUCUUGCCAUAUUUUUCACUACCUACCACUCCCUAGGAAAUACUGUUUUAUGGCUUAUAAAAUUGAUGUCACAUGAAAUAUGUAAUUUAUUGCAUUGCCAUAAAUUCACACAAAUUUACAAACUGUUAUGUAGAUUUGCAAAAAAAAUAAUAUAACAAUAUUUAAACUA